AUUCUAUCUUCUGGUUGUCUAACAGUGAUAGUAGCAGACGUUGACUAUUUCUGACUCAUUACUCGUGUUUCGUGCUUUAUAUCAAAAGGAAAAUGUCUCACCGUGCAAAAAUUGGUAUUAAUGGAUUUGGUCGUAUUGGCCGUCUUGUUCUGCGUGCUGCCUUAGCAAAGUCAGACCAAGUGGAAGUUGUAGCAGUUAACGAUCCUUUUUUACCCAUUGAUUAUAUGAAAUAUUUGUUGACAUACGAUACUGUUCACGGGCGCUUCUCAGGAGAGAUAUCGGUGAAUAAUGACGUCCUGAUAGUGAAUGGGCACCAUAUUAAAGUUCAUAAUUUCCGCGAGCCCAGUGAAAUCCCAUGGUCUAAGUCGUCGGCUGAAUACGUAGUCGAAUCAUCUGGUGUGUUCACGAAGAGGGAGAAGGCCAGUGAACACUUGAAGGGUGGUGCCAAGAAGGUGAUCAUAUCGGCGCCAUCGGAGGACGCACCGAUGUUUGUGAUGGGAGUCAAUGAAGAAACGUAUGAUCCAUCAGUCCAUCAAGUGGUUUCGAAUGCAUCAUGCACGACGAAUUGCCUGGCGCCGCUAGCAAAGGUUGUGCACAAGAAGUGGGGAAUUGUCGAGGGAUUGAUGACAACCAUUCACUCUGCGACAGCGACACAAAUGGUGGUAGAUGGUCCGAAUAAGAAGAAUCGUCGAAUAGGACGUGCGACGGGACAGAAUAUCAUUCCAUCGUCGACAGGUGCAGCGGUGGCGGUGGGAAAGGUACUGCCUGAGCUGAAUGGAAAGUUGACAGGUAUGUCAUUCCGCAUACCGACGUUGAACGUCUCGGUGGUUGACUUGACGGUGAGACUGGAGAAACCGGCUAGCUAUGACGAUAUCAAGGCUGAAAUAAAGAGGGCAUCGGAAAACGAGCUCAAGGGGAAGUUGGCAUACACAGAGGAUGAGGUCGUGUCCAGCGACUUUUUAGGCGAUUCCAACUCGUCUAUAUUCGACGCUGGAGCCGGAAUAUCCUUGAACAACCAGUUUGUGAAGUUGGUGUCGUGGUACGAUAACGAAUGGGGCUACUCAUGCAGAGUGGUAGACUUGUUAUCUCAUAUGGCCAAAAAAGACAAGUCCGGAUAGACACUGGGUAUAUGAGGUGGCAUAG